AUGCUCGGACGAACCGUUUUCGCCGCGACUUUCUUCGCGCUCGCUCAAUUCGCUAUGGCCAGCCCCCCUGGCUGCCUCCUUGGCGCUGUCAACCAAUACGAAGACCCAUCUGACAUCAAGGCCGUCUGCAAGGCCAAGGACCUGAGCGAGAAGGUGGCGGAAAUCUGCGGUGACGAUGCCAAGGAUGCUAUGGUUGCGAUUGCGGACAUUUGUAACGAUGAGGAUGUUGAUGUUUCAACUGCUGUCUCCUCUGCCUCUGGCUCAAAGACCGCUACUGGUUCCUCCCACAAGCCCACCGGCACCUCGGGCUCUACCCUCGUCGCUCUCUACCCCACCGGCUCGAGCGGACACGGAAACGGCAACGGCACUGUUCCUGUUGCCACUGGCGGACCUAAGCCCCCCGCUGGCAGUGCCACUGGCUCCGCUGGUCUUCCCGAAGCCACUGGUGCUGCUGGCAAGGUCGAGUUCGGUCUUGCCGCUGUUGUUGCCGGAUUGAUGGUCGCUGCUUUGUAA